AUAUUUUUCUUUACAGCCCAGACGACCGUUACACAUACAACUCUGUCCGUCUCUUCUUCACUACCAUCCCACCAUUUACACUCUUCUCACAACUUGCUUUGCUCUCUUUUUGAGGAAGAAAAUGACAGCAGCAAGCGUUGCCACCAAGCACUGCAAGAAGGCCGUGAAGAUGGGUCUAUCUCUCUUCUGCAGAACCUUCAAUUCCUCUAAAUGCAAGACAAUGGCGAAGAUGGCGGUGGCGAGGAUAAAAUUGUUGAGGAACAAGAGGGAGGUGGUUGUACGGCAAAUGAGGAGAGACAUUGCUAUGCUUCUUGAGUCCCGUCAGGAUGCCACUGCUCGUAUUCGGGUUGAACACGUGAUAAGAGAACAAAACAUAUUACAAGCAAAUGAGUUCCUCGAGCUCUUCUGUGAACUUAUUGUGGCUAGACUUCCUAUUAUUGCAAAGCAAAAGGAAUGUCCAGCUGAUCUGAAAGAGGGGAUAUCAAGUUUGAUUUUUGCAGCCCCCCGGUGCUCAGAUAUUCCAGAAUUGAUGAGAAUUAAAGAUGUUUUUGAGAAGAAAUAUGGGAAAGAUUUUGUUUCAGCAGCCACUGAUCUGCGACCCAAUGCUGGUGUAAACCGAGCGCUCAUUGAGAAACUCUCUGUGAAAACUCCAAGCGGUGAAGUGAAACUAAAAAUCAUGAAGGAAAUAGCAAAGGAAUACCAGGUUGAUUGGGACACUGCAGAAUCAGAGGUGGAGCUUCUCAAGCCACCAGAAGAGCGUAUAGACGGACCCAACGGCUUUGUAAGUGCCACUAGCUUGCCCCUGAAGCCAACCCCAAUGCAACCUGCUGAGCCUAAUAACCUUCCAAGGAAUUCAAAGCAACCUGCUGAGACUAAUUACCUUCCGAGGGCUUCAGAUGAUGGAGAAUCGAAAGUCACCAUAUUUGACGACCCAGCAUCAGCGGCUAAAGCAGCUGCUGAAUCUGCCAAGCAAGCCAUUGCGGCUGCUGAAGCAGCUGCAUAUUUGGCCAGUAAAGAUGCAAAAGCAUCUACUGGUCGUCAUCACUCUAUGAAUAAUGCAACUGUUGACAAUAUUCCUUUUGUUUCUGGUGCUCCUGUCCCCAAGUUUUCUCGAAAUGAUGUUGCACCAACAUCUCAGUCUAUAGUUGAUCUGUAUGAUGAUCAUUGGAGUAAGAACAUGAGGAAUCCUGAACAUACUCAUGGUUCUUCUGGCGAAGAGGUGCCAAUAGAUAUGAAAAGAUCACAGAAAUUCUAUAGGAGACAUAGCUAUAAUGUUCCAUCCUCAAAUUCCGAUGUGAAAUAUGAUGAUGAUUCAGAUUGUGAUGAGGAAAUUGAGAUGGAAGAUCCACCGAUUGGCAAUACAUAUCAACACAGCCCACCUACUGAUGCUAAUGGUGGAAAGUUCUAUAGAAGGCACAGCUAUAAUGUUCCAUCCUCACGUUCAGGUAUCAAGUUUGAUGAAUCAGAUGGGGAUGAAGAGAUAGAAACUGAAGAAGCCACAACAGGUUCCAACCGAGCCCCCAACCGGCCUGCACCACAAGUACCUCGGGUUCAUCCCAAAUUGCCUGACUACGACACACUUGCUGCUCGCUUCGAGUCUCUCAAUUCUCGGAACUCUCGGAGAUAGAUUAUCAGGACUCAUGGGAUCAGAUACAUUUUGUGCCAGUCGAUAUAUAGGGUAAUACAGUACAGAAACCAAGUUAUAUGUUAAAUGGUUCAUUAUAUAGUAUGUAGCAAUCAUUGCAUGGAGUAAAACUAGUUCCUUUGUGUCAAUGUUAUACAAAUUUUGAUGUAAUAAAUCUUGGAAUAUCCAUUUCGCAAGUUAAACUAGAAGUACCAACUACCCUUGGUAUAUUUUUGAUUAGUAA